AUGGGAAAUCAGAACAAUGUGACAGAGUUCAUCCUUUUGGGUCUUACAGAGAACCCGGAGCUGAGGAAAAUAUUCUCUGCUGUAUUCCUAAUCAUGUAUGUGAUCAUUGUGCUGGGAAAUCUACUCAUUGUGGUGACCAUGAUUACAAGUCAGAGUCUGAGAUCACCUAUGUACUUUUUUCUCACCUUCCUGUCCCUUCUGGAUGUCACCUACUCUUCUGUUAUUGCCCCCAAGUUAAUUGUGGACUCCCUCUCUGAGAGCACCACCAUCUCCCUUGAAGGAUGCAUGACCCAGCUCUUUGCAGAGCAUUUCUUUGGCAGUGUGGGAAUCAUCCUGCUCACCGUGAUGGCCUGUGACCGCUACGUGGCCAUCUGUAAGCCCCUGCACUACACCAACAUCAUGAGUCCUCGAGUGUGCUGCCUGCUGGUGGGAGGGGCCUGGCUCGGCGGGUCCAUGCACGCCACCAUACAGCUUUUCUUCAUGUAUCAAAUACCCUUCUGUGGCCCCAAUGUCAUCGAUCACUUUAUAUGUGAUUUGUUUCAGUUAUUGACAAUUGCCUGCAUGGACACCCACACUCUGGGUCUCUUAGUCAUCCUCAACAGUGGGGUGAUGUGCAUGGCCAUCUUCCUCAUCCUAAUCGCCUCAUACAUAGCCAUCCUAUGUUCUCUAAAGUCCUACAGCUCCCAAGGGAGACACAAAGCCCUCUCCACCUGUGGCUCCCACCUCGCAGUGGUUGUGCUGUUCUUUGUGCCGUGUAUUUUCUUAUAUGUGAGGCCUGUGGCUGUUUACCCCAUAGACAAGGCGAUGGCUGUGUCUGACUCCAUCAUCACCCCCAUGCUGAAUCCCUUGAUCUACACACUGAGGAACGCAGAGGUGAAAAAUGCCAUGAAGAAACUUUGGAUGAAGCAAGGGAGUUUGGUUGGCAGUUAG